AUGUCUAGUUCACAGAAUUCAACAGUGACCAAAGAAGAAAUGUUUGAUGGAAAUGAGAAUCACAUAAACAACGGGAAUCCUUUCUCAGUACUAGUUGUGGAUGAUGAUAAUGUUGUUCGAACAAUCCACAAAAUGAUGCUUGAAGUAAAAGGCAUGGAAGUACAACUAGCUACUAAUGGUAAAGAAGCUGUCGAUCUUCAUCGUGUUGGGGCUUGUUUCAAUCUUAUUCUCAUGGACAAGGAUAUGCCCGUCAUGAAUGGGUAUCAGGCAACAAAGGAGUUGCGAGACAUGGGCGUGAAUUGCCCUAUUAUUGGUGUGACCUCUUCUACUGAAGAGGCUGAGUUGGAAGAGUUCAUGGAGGCAGGCUUGGACGACUGUAUUUGUAAGCCACUGACCAUUGAGAAAAUUGCCUGUUACCUCCCUGGGGUUGCCUCCACUAGCACUGCCAACCAUAGAGAUGACUAUGACGACUAUGUGGAGGUGGAGGAUGAGAACGCUGACCGCGCCAGCAGCACCAAUAGCAACAACAACUAA